CCUCGGCUCCUGGUUGACUCCGAGCUGCUCUGCGCUCUCCCUUGCCUGCGCUACAGACUCCCCCAGAGUGCUCACAGGUGUUCCGGGCCUGGCCGGGUCCCCGUGCGCAGAGCCACCUGCCGACGUGCAAGCCCUUAUCCACUCCGGGAGCUGCUGUAGGAUUCAAAAGGUUACCAGGUGACGGGGGUGUUUAUGAAGAACUGGGACUCGCUGGAUGAGCAUGGCGUCUGCACGGCCGACAGAGACUGCGAGGAUGCCUACCGGGUCUGCCAGAUCCUCGACAUCCCUUUCCACCAAGUGUCCUACGUGAAGGAGUACUGGAAUGAGGUGUUCAGUGACUUUCUGAAUGAGUAUGAAAAAGGAAGAACACCCAACCCCGACAUAAUGUGCAACAAGCACAUCAAGUUCCGCUGCUUCUACCAUUACGCCAUGGAUAAUCUCGGAGCAGAUGCCGUUGCCACCGGUCACUAUGCCAGGACUUCACUGGAAGAUGAAGAAGUCUUUGAGCAGAAGCACGUUAAGAGACCACAAGGGCUUUUCAGGAAUCGAUUUGAAGUGCGAAAUGCUGUAAAACUUCUCCAAGCCGCUGACAGCUUUAAAGACCAGACCUUCUUUCUCAGCCAGGUCUCCCAGGAUGCCCUGAGAAGAACCAUCUUCCCUCUGGGGGGGCUGACAAAAAGUUUUGUCAAGAAAAUAGCAGCUGAAAAUAGACUGCAUCAUGUGCUUCAGAAGAAGGAGAGCAUGGGCAUCUGUUUUGUCGGCAAGAGGAAUUUCGAGCACUUCAUCCUUCAGUAUUUGCAGCCGCGGCCUGGGAAGUUUGUUUCUGUGGAAGACAAUAAAGUUCUGGGAACACACAAAGGUUGGUUCCUGUAUACAUUGGGCCAGAGAGCAAAGAUCAGCGGCAUGCGAGAGCCCUGGUUUGUGGUGGAGAAGGACAGUGCCAAGGGUGACGUGCUUGUGGCCCCCAGGACGGACCACCCUGCCCUGUACAGGGACCUGCUUCGCACGGGCCGCGUGCACUGGAUUGCAGAGGAGCCUCCCGCCGCCCUGAUCCGGGACAAGAUGAUGGAGUGCCACUUCCGAUUCCGCCACCAGAUGGCACUAGUGCCCUGUGUACUGACCCUCAAUCAGGAUGGCACCGUGUGGGUGACAGCUGUGACGGCCGUGCGGGCCCUGGCACCGGGGCAGUUCGCGGUGUUCUACAAAGGGGACGAGUGUCUGGGAAGCGGGAAGAUCCUCCGGCUGGGGCCGUCCGCCUACACGCUGCACAAGGGCAGGAGCAGAGCCAGCACAGUCCCCGACGGCCCGCAUCGCGCACCCUGACCGAGGCCGAACCCCUCAGGGAGGCAGAGGCCGGAGCCCAGGGCCGGCAGCCGGCGGGGAGGCCGGUGGGCGAUGGGCGAGUCGGGUGCUGCCUGCUCCACGGGGCCCGGCUGGCCCUGCGCAGGUGAUGCCGAAGGACCGGGCUGGCCAGCCAGC